UGACAUUUCAAAGUUGUUCGUGACUUGUAGUAAAUAUGGCGCUUUUCGGUGGUAAUGUUUGUUCUACUCCCGCACCUUUUUGGCAAAAUGGUCCAACGCCGGGCUGUUUUUAUGAUUUUCCUGGCAGUACCAUGCAGUCAGUCGAUCACGGAAUGCGUCAAAGAUCACAAGCACCUAUGACAACUGGAACAUCAGUAAUUGGCAUACAAUUUAAAGAUGGAGUUAUUAUUGCUGCCGAUAUCCUAGCAUCUUAUGGUUCAUUAGCUAGAUAUAGAAAUUGUGAACGUAUCAUGAAAGUCAAUGAUAAUAUUCUUCUUGGUGCUAGCGGUGAUUAUGCAGAUUUUCAGUGCAUCAAAAGUAACAUUGAAAAGAAAAUUCUAGAUGAACAAUGUUUAGAUGAUGGAUUUUCUUUAAAACCUAAAGCACUUUAUUGUUGGUUAACUCGUGUGAUGUAUAACAGACGAUCAAGUUAUGAUCCAUUUUGGAACAAUUUUGUAAUUGCAGGUUUACAUGAUGGAAAACCGUUUUUAGGUACAGUAGAUAAACUUGGAACUGCUUACAUUGAUCCAGUAAUUGCAACUGGUUAUGGUGCCUAUAUGGCAACACCUUUAUUGCGGAAAGCAUAUGAAGAAAACAGUGAAAUGACUAAAGAAGAAGCAAAAGAACUUCUUUACAAAGCUAUGCAAGUUCUUUUUUACAGAGACGCUCGUUCUUUUCCUAAGUAUUAUCUUGGUGUGAUUACUAAAGAUGAAGGUGUGGAGAUUGAAGGUCCAUUAACAUUAGACAGUAACUGGGAAGCAGCUGUUCUAACCAAAUAAAUAUCAAAUCUUGGAUUUAAAAUAUUUCAAAAUAAUUUUAUUAAAUAAAAUUUAAUUAUAUAAUCAAAGACAAUUUAUUCUACAGCAUAGCUUGUUUUGAAUUAUAUAAAGUUUUACUUUCUACCAACUUUAUAAAUAUCAGUAACUAUUUUGUCAUUAUUUCACAACCAUUAUCAGUUAUCAAAAUGGUAUGUUCCACUUGUGCAGUUCUAGCAUCAUCUACUGUUACAGCUGUCCAACCAUCCUCUAAAAUUUCUACCUCUUUUCCACCUUGAGUCAGAAUUGGCUCUAUAGUAAAUGUCAUACCUGGCUGCAUUCUUUCAGGAGAUUCGUGCGCUAAAUUCAAUAAAAAAUAUUUCAUUCCAAUA